GAGAGAAAUAAGCAGCUCUGACGUCAGCCGCACCAGAGCAGCAGACCAAGAUGGCGGAGGUGAGCGGGCUGAGGAGCAGAAAUCACUUCGAGUCCAACUGUAAAUCCCGAGUCCCCGGCGAAGGACGGAGGGGAGUGCAGGAUGUCCCAAUCAUUCACGCCAAGCAGAGGCCUCCUCUUGCCAAACCUGAAGACUUGGAGGAUGAAUUUCUUCCACAGACAAACACUCUAAUCCCAGACUUUGAUGCUGAUGAUGUCCUCACCUCAGCAGAUGAAGAAAUCCAAGAAGAACAGGUUGUGGAGGAAGAGAAGGCACGGCCCAUCCAGAUUGUCCUGGCCAAUGAGGACGAGCACAGUUUUGAGCUGGAUGCUGUGGCGCUGGAGAAGAUUCUGCUGCAGGACGAUGUGAAGGAUCUGAACGUGGUGGUGGUGUCUGUGGCCGGGGCGUUUCGAAAGGGCAAGUCCUUCCUGCUGGACUUCAUGCUGCGCUACAUGCACACUCAGCAGGGUGAGCCGUGGGUGGGAGGGGAUGAUGAGCCUCUGACAGGGUUCACUUGGAGAGGAGGCUGUGAGAGGGAAACCACAGGAAUCCAGGUCUGGAGUGAAGUCUUUGUGGUGCAGAAACCAGAUGGGAGCAAGGUGGCAGUGCUCCUCGUGGACACCCAGGGAGCCUUUGACAGUCAGUCCACCAUCAAAGACUGUGCCACAGUGUUUGCCCUCAGCACAAUGACCAGCUCUGUUCAGGUUUACAAUCUGUCCCAGAACAUUCAGGAAGAUGACCUGCAGCAUCUACAGCUUUUUACAGAGUAUGGCCGUCUUGCAAUGGAGGAGAUCUACUCAAAACCGUUUCAAUCCCUGAUGUUUCUCAUCCGCGACUGGAGUUAUCCUUAUGAACACGACUACGGACUUGAAGGAGGAAAUACUUUCCUGGAGAAAAGACUUCAGGUGAAGCAGAACCAACACGAGGAGCUGCAGAAUGUGAGGAAGCACAUCCACUCAUGCUUCUCCAACAUCGGCUGCUUUCUGCUGCCACACCCAGGCCUCAAGGUCGCCACUAACCCCUACUUCGACGGCAGGCUGAAGGAUAUCGAUGAUGAUUUUAAGAGGGCGCUGGCCAAGCUUGUGCCCCUUCUGUUGGCCCCAGAAAAUCUGGUGGAAAAGGAAAUUGGAGGUAGCAAAGUGACUUGCAGAGAUCUUGUGGAGUACUUUAAGGCCUACAUUAAGAUCUACCAAGGCGAGGAGCUGCCUCAUCCCAAGUCCAUGCUGCAGGCCACAGCUGAGGCCAACAAUCUGACUGCAGUAGCAGGUGCCAAAGAUUUGUACAGCAAAAGCAUGGAGCAGAUUUGUGGAGGAGACAAGCCGUACAUCGCCCCAGCGGACUUGGAGCGCUGUCAUGAAGAGUUCCGAGACCACUCUGUGCGCUUCUUCCGCUCGGUGAAGAAAAUGGGCGGUGAUGAGUUCUGUCAGAGAUAUCAGAGUCAGCUAGAGGGCGAGCUGGAUGAGGCCUAUGUCAACUUCUCCAAGCAUAAUGAUGGCAAAAACAUCUUCUAUGCAGCACGUACCCCCGCAACGCUCUUCGCUGUGAUGUUUGUGACCUACAUCGUGUCUGGGAUCACCGGCUUCAUUGGCCUGAGCACUUUGGCUGCCAUGGCGAACAUGAUCAUGGGGCUGGCCCUGCUGGCUCUGUGCGCCUGGGCCUAUGUCAAGUAUUCUGGAGAGUACCGGGAGGUGGGCACCUUGAUAGACCAGGUGGCAGAGACACUGUGGGAACAGGUUUUGAAGCCACUAAGUGAACAAUAUAUGGAAGAUAAUGUCCGACAGACAGUGGUGAACUCCCUCAAAGCCAGUUUGGCAGAAUCAAGCUCACAUCAAACAAAGCAAAAGACUCACUGACUCCUCACCACCUUUCCCCUCUGCAACUGAAACUGAACUGUCAAACACCAAAGCCCACCUCUUGUUUGCACAUUUCUGUGCUGCCCUAGUUGAUUCAUUGUAGGGAUUGCUGAAUGUCGCCCCCCAGUGCCUCUGAGCACAAAGUGCAUGUUCUCGAAGGACUGACUUGUCAGCUGCCAAAAUGUGAAGCACUGUCAUCUUGUGUCCACUGUGCCAUGCUGAAGGAUGUAGUGCUUAUGUAGCCACACCCGUCCCAUCAGAACCUGUCCAUGUGGGCCUCCUGUAGGCCUACGCCACUUCAGGGAUCAAGCUGCUGAGAAUACAUACUGCUGCAGUUCAGAGAUCAGUUAAUUUUCUUUUGCAUCUUAAAAUUCUAACUUGGCACAAGAAUUGGGUAAAAUUGUGCAUUUUUCAGAUUGAAACCGAAAUGUUCUUAAUGGAAUAUAAACUGAUCAUGUCUGCGUCAUGGUGUUGAACCGUUUUAUCAGUCAAACCCUGUUUUGUCUCUUUAAUUGUUCAUAGAGAUUUAACUCAAAAGAUGGCUGUUGAAGCCUGUCAUCUUGUUUUAUUGUAGUCAAGUCCUUUGCAAAUGUGUAUCUUUAUGUAGUUUAUGUAGCCAGUAUUCAGUUUUCUGCAUGAAGUAGAGCUACUGUUCUAUGGCUAUAGACAUAAUGGAGCAUCAUUGAUAUAUCCAUUGCCUUGUUCAAAACUACUGUAUUCCAAAGCAUCAGUCCCUUGGUUCAUGUUUGACAUUCUGCCUAAAUGUUCAUGUUAAAAACUUACUUUUCAUAUCAAAGUACAAUCAAUGCUUUUAAUGUAAAUCCAAAGUUUUCAGGAAAUUCUUGCAAUGGACUGGAACCACAAUUACAGAUAUUUGUCUGAACUCAUCUCGAGCGCCAGUCUCACUGCAGUCAGUGUGAUCUUAAAAUGGGCAUGUAUGUUGAAUUUAAUAUUUAAAUGAACUGUGUACAUGUUUGUUCAUCGUUGACUGAGGCGGUUUGUUGAUCUACUUAACAGUUUAUUAAAUGGUAAGUUGCAGCUGUAGGUUUACAUUCAUUUUAUCCUAUCGUUAUGAUGGACCUUAGACGAGCUUUGGCGAUUUUGACAGGAGUCUCAUUAUGAGCGGAAUGACGACUGUGUGUCUGCCUUUUAAAUGUGUAUGCUAAUUUAUUUUUGAAUAAAAUGUUUAUCUAAAGAAUAA